AUGAAAGAACCAAUCCCACCCCCUACUACUGUUGCCAGCUCCGGCUCUGCAUCUUACUCAUUCCCGAAACAACCACGCUUCCUGGUCAUCGGAGGUGGAUCUCGUGGAAAUGCCUAUGCCCGUGCGGUGACCAAAGUAACAUCGGGUAUCAUCCACGCGAUCGCCGAGCCCCACGACUUUAAACGGCGCGAUUUCGGCCGGAAGUACAUAUGGGGAGAAUCAGGAUUCCCAAGCGAAGGCCAAGAAUUCGCAGAUUGGCGUGAAUGGGUGCAAUGGGAGCUCGAGCGGCGGAAACAAGCCACCCAGAGCACCAAUGACAACAGCCAAGAAAAUACUACCCCAUCUUCUGUAGGCGUAGAUGGGGUCUUUAUCUGCACGCUUGACGAGACACAUGCCGAGAUUAUUCAAGCGCUCGCCCCGCUUCAACUCCACAUCCUCUGCGAGAAGCCACUAGCCCUUUCACUAGACGAUUGUCUCACAGUAUAUCGUACCCUCCAACCGCCAGAAGGCGCAGACCAAACCCCACGCCCAGCAGCGAAGAUCUUCUCCAUUGGCCAUGUCCUGCGCUACAGCCCGCACAACGUCCUUCUCCGCAAACUGCUACUUGAAGAGCAGGUCGUCGGCGACAUAGUUUCACUAGAACACUGCGAACCAGUCGGGUGGUGGCACUUUUCGCACAGCUAUGUACGGGGCAACUGGCGGCGCGCCACCCCCGCAGGCGACGGCAGUCUACUAACAAAGUCCUGCCACGACAUCGACUUCAUUCUCUGGCUGCUUUGCUCUCCUCCAGACGCAGAGACAGCCAAGCACAAGGGACACAGGCCACAUCUCCCGCGCUCCAUCUCCUCAGCCGGUACGAUGACGCAGUUCCGGCGUUCACGCAAGCCACCUGCUGCUGGCGAUGCGACGAACUGCCUUUCCUGUCCGAUUGAACGGGACUGCAGCUACAGCGCGGUAAAAAUCUACAAUGACCGUCAGCUGGCCACAGGAUCCACGAGGUGGCCUUUGAACAUCGUUUGCCCGGACAUAGAAGAUGUGUACAGUGUCCAGGGUCCCGGUGCUGCGAAGGAGCUGCUCAUGGCCAGUCUCCGUGAGGACUAUGAUCGAGAAUCAGUUCCAGACGAGACCAUUGCCUCGCGCACCUGGUACGGUCGAUGCGUGUGGGAGUCCGAUACUAACGUAUGCGACGAUCAAGUUGUAACCUUUGCUUGGGACGAUGAGGAAUCGGCGCCGCAUCGGCUGGCGAAAACGGCUAGUUUCCAUAUGAUUGCGCCUACGGAGAAACAGUGCGAGCGGCGUGGUCGUGUUUAUGGCACUACGGGUGAGCUUUCGUAUGAUAGUACUACUAUUUCUAUUUAUGACUUUGCGACGAAGACGACUUCUGUUUUUGAUGUGCCGAAACCGCAGCCUUCUCAUAGCGAGUCUCAUGGUGGUGGGGACUUUGGGCUUGCGAAGCAGUUUGUUAAAGCUGUUGAAGCGGUUGAGAAUGAGGCGCUGGAUGUUCCGACCGCGCAGGCGAGGUUUGUGGGGUGUUCACUGGAGGAGGCGGUGCGCAGCCAUGCUGUUGUGUUUGCGACGGAGGAAGCAAGGAGGGAGGAGAGAGUUGUUAAGUGGGACAGCUGGUGGGAGGACAAGCUAAAGGCUUCUGCUGCUGCGUGCAAGGCGUAA